AUGGAGGAGUUCCCAGAGAGCUUUAACCAGCUGGAACUGCUGAAGACCCACGACCACCUGAUCCCCCGUGGAGCAUGCAGCCUCUGGCCGGGAGACGAAGGAGAGGGAGAGGAAGAGGAGGAGGGGGAAAGGAGUGAAGAGUGGUAUCAGCAGAAAGAGGAGAAACUGAAAGACAGACCGGAGGAGCUCAUGCUGUGGGCGGCGGAGAAUAACAGAGUGAGUGUGACAUGUGCACCACACACCUUCUCACUAGGGCUGGGAAUUGCCAGGGACCCCACGAUACGAUAUUAUCAUGAUUCUCAUGAUUCUAUAUGUAUUAUGAUUCGAUACUGUGAUUUUAUUGGGAUUUGAUGUUCCAAACAUAUUGCUCACCAUAUGUCUGCUGCAGAAGGACAAGAGAGAGCCAUGAGAAAACAAGUUUUGAUCAGUCAUGGAAAUAAAAGUGCUGAAAACAAAUUGGCUCCCUAUUUAAAAAGAAGAUGGAGAAGAAGCUAUGAAGGUUUUGGUGCCGGUACAGCCAACUAGCGCAAAAGUACCCCCCACCCCCCCAUCACUACUUUACAUGCAGACACGUUCAGAUGUCUCUUAGUUUCCAACUGUUACUUUGGAGCCUGGUCGGUGCAGGAUAUGCUAUAUCAGGGAUUUAUUAUUUAGUGCACACCGUAGCAAUACGGUAGUCCCUCCCAGUUUCUGUCUGUUUAAAAAAAAAAAAAAAAACAUUUGAUGUCUUGUGAAUACGACCCAGCGCUUUACCAUCGCGCCCAUGUCCUGGACUAACUUCCUGGAUCUUUGGUCUUGUCAAGGGAUGUAUCCAAGAUCAAGGGCGGAGACAUAAGAUGUAGACUUAAAGUCACUACAAUGUAAACAAUGUAGGCUAGUUGAGUAUGGAUGAAUGAAAAGUGGGACAGAUCAGAUUUUAACUUUUUGUUUUGCAAUUUAAUCAGAGAGACAUGUGAAUGUGAAAAGCUUAAUUGGCGUUGACCCUGUCAUGGAGCUGGUCAUCCAGGGCCAUAUUGUUGUGAAAUUGACGUCUCGUCAAUUUGACGAUGAAAAACAACUUCUGUUGCAAAUCAGGUGCUCAAAGUUGACCUAUUUUGCAUACUCCAGCUUAUCAUGAGACAUCCAUGUCUUCAUCACUGGAAGAGUUUGAUAUCAUGGGCCAAUAUAUAUAGAAAUGUUCGUUCAAAUCAGAAGGGCUGCGGACAAAAAGUGAAUGAGCUGUGAGAGUAUAAUGAAUGUCUCCCUCUCUGCUUUGAAUGCUGAUCACUGCUUAAGAUUGGAACAGAACAGCACAGCAAGCCUCUGAAUAUUGUGUGUGUGUGUGUGUCCUUGUUUGUGCCUGUGUGUGUGUGUGUGUGUGUCGUGAUGUGUCUCACUUGUAUUGUCCACAGCCAGAGAGGUGGUGAGAUUUAACAAAUGGGAGGGAGGGAGAAAGAUAAUCCCCUAGAGCUCUUGUUUGUUCCCCCUGUCAAACCUGUGCAGAAAUAACUUUAAAUCGCCAUCUUCAGUGGAUCCAGAGGCAAUAACAGGUUGACUGUCAUUUGUGAGGGGGGGUGGGGGGAGGGGGGAUAAGGAUGGGUGGUUUUACCUCUCUAAGCUCCGGCCUGGUUUUUAAAUGUUUUAUUAAAAUGCAUCUGCCUUUCGGCUGUUUCAUGAUAUAUUGAAGAGUUCAGUAAAGGUCAGUUAAAAUGCAAAUAUUCUCUCUCUCUGCCUCUUUAAGCUGCCAACGGUCAAGCGGCUGCUCUCGGUCGACCCCUUGCUUGCGCAUUGCCAGGACGAGGACGGCUAUACUCCGUUGCACCGCGCGGCCUACGGAGGCCACGCCGCCACGGCCUCUACCCUGCUGGCAGCGGGCACCGAAGUUAACUCCCGCACUGCCGACGGCUGGACACCCCUACACAGUGCCUGUCGCUGGGGCCAAGUCGCCACCGCGUCCCUCCUGUUGCGCCAAGGGGCGGAGCUGAAUGCGCAGACCAAUGGCGGCCUCACAGCGCUCCACCUAGCUGCCUCCUACCCCGGACCGGGCUCCGCCCACACGCUGGAGUUCCUCCUAUCACAGCGCCACAUAAAGGCGGAGCUUCGGAGCAAAAGCGGGGAGACGGCCAGUGAAAUCGCCCGCCGAAGUGGACCGCAUCACUUCCUGUUUGAGAUGGUGGAGGACUGUAACAGCGUGCUGUCUCCCCGGUGA